AUGCCACGCAGUACACAGCAGAACACACAUCCGACACUGCCAGCCGUGGCUACGCCAUUGGUCUCAGCAAGCGCAAAUCACGACGUGUCUGGCAACUACACUCGCGGCUAUGGGGGCACCGCCGUCCAGACAGCGCGGUCAAAUGAUGCCGCAGCCAGCACAGGGCCUCAUUCCGGUCGCGCGCACCCUGUCGGUAACCACCAACCUUCUGGUGCUUCCCAGGCUGACGAGCAGUCCAACACAGGCAAUGACGAUGUCGAGCCAGGAUCAGCUUCAGUGGUGCCAGUUUCUGAAAGGAUCAGCGACCCCAAGGCGAGGACAGCUUUGGUGAGCAGCGGCCGUAAUCACCAUCGGCAGAAAUGUCAUGACGACGACGGCGAUAACGAUCCUUUGCCCCCCGAAGUAGAGGUCCCCAGUGAUAGGACCUUGUGA